CAUAUUAAAACACAAUGCCAUCAAACCUCAGUUUUUGUGCAUAACUUUAGGUUCAAGCUGUGACUCAAAGUUCAGCUCUGAAAUGAUGUGUCUAUAAUUGUGUUUAUAAUUUUUAUACUCUGUAGUAUUACUUUUACAAUUACAGCAGUGUUACUUUUAGCCUGCACAUACCGAAAUGUCACACAUUAAUACUUCACUCCUAAACUCCUAAACAUGAUUGAAUAAUGAGCAGAAGGUGAGUGGUAUGUAAUGCACAUCUGUCCUAACCAUAUGCAGUUUAAACACACUAUAUUGCCAAAUGUUUUGGGACACCCCAUUCAAUUCAAGUGUUGUUUUUCAGCUGUUGGGUCUGGCCCCAACCACUGUGCCAGUGAAAGGAACUCCUAACGCUUCAGGAUACCAAGGCAUCUUGGACAACUUCAUGCUCCCAACUUUGUGGGAACAGUUUGGGGAUGACCCCUUCCUGUUCCAGUAUGACUGUGCACCAGUACACAAAGCAAGGUCCAUAGAGACAUGGAUGAGCGAGUUUGGUGUGGUGGAAAACUGCACAACCUGAUAGAACACCUUUGGGAUGAAUUAGAGUGGAGACUGCAAGCCAGACCUUCUCGUCCAACAUCAGUGUCUGACCAGUCAAGUUCACUGGUGUGCAGUAAGGUACAGGAAGGGAUCAUCCCCAAACUGUUUACCCAAAGUUGGGAGCAUGAAAUUGUCCAAAAUGUCUUGGUAUGCUGAAGCAUUAAGAGUUUUCCUUUCAAUGGAACUAAGGGGCCGAGCCUAACUCCUGAAAAACACCACCUGAAUUCAAUGGUUUGGAGGGGUGUCCCAAAACCUUUGGCAAUGUAGUGUAUUUUGCAUUUUGUUCUUAAUUAUGUACCUAAUAGCUUAUAUUUCAGAUCUGAUGCUACCGGGCUUUUUAAAAGAUUAAAAUUUUUUUGCAUAACUGUAUUUCAGCCGUAGCCAGACAGAAGGGUGUGUGCUUGGGUUACAUAAUAAUCACCAACAUGUCAUUGCCAAGUUGCAUUUAAAGCGAGGGGUUUCGUCCUUCCUCUUGGCAACGUUUGUUCUUUCUCUUGCUCCUGCUGCUUAAAAGCGACGUGACCAGAAAUGUAACCACACACUGCCCCUCAGUGCUGACUCUGGCUGCUGAUUCUUGCUCAUGUCGGUUAAUGUUACACAGAAUUUACACUUCGACUGUUGCACUUUCGACUGGUACCACGGGUGCUGUGUGACACCUUCAGGGCUGUUCAAAGUUUGAUCAGAGUUGAUCAGAAUGACGGCGAUAAAAAUUAUGGCCGUGGCUCCUUCUCCCCGGGGGAAGUCUCGUCCUUUCUUCCUGGAAGUGUUCUGCCGCACUCUUAUCAUCGUGUGUAUGGUUGUCUCCAUUGUCCUGUCCUCCAUCGCAGUGUGUGAUGGACAGUGGCUGCUGACUGAGCGCCGCAUGUUUGGCCUCUGGUUCUUCUGUGAGAACUCUGGGGGUGCACCCUCUAACUGCACCAGGAAUAUUGGAGAAGAAGGGAGCCAGCUCUUGGAGAACGGGCUCAGUCUGUGUCGUUUUGUUGUCUCUCUGGCUGUGGUGAGUGCCAUCUUUGGCCUGGAGCUGCUGGUGUUAUCACAGGUGAGCGAGGGACAGCCAUCUCAGAAGCGGUGGCAUCUAGGGACAUGGCUUGUACUGCUGGCUGCAGGGUUGGCUGCUGCAGGGGUCCUGACAUUUGUGUUCCUUUUGUGGGAUGAUGCUACACCUCUGGGACUCACACUUACCUUCUGGUGCCAGUUCACUGCAACCUUCCUCUUCUUCCUCAAUGGUAUGGCAGCAUGGCACAUCCAAAAUAUGGCAUAUGUUCUGCCCUCUUGUGGUGAUGUGGGGAAACCAUAGACAUAGGGCUUUUCAGGACUUAGCACUGCUGGGUUAUAUACAUUAGUUUAUAUCAUAAAGCUGGAUUUAUUUAAGUUAAUGAGCUUAAUAGUUUAUCUGAAAGAACUGUACAGUUGAACAGAUUUUGAGUUAUGCCUACAAAUAGUUUAUUCAGUUCUUAAACUGUAAACUUAAUAAAGACUUUUCACAAUUCCACAAUUUAUAUCAUGUAUAUUUAAUAAAAUGUCUUAUUAUAUAUUUUUCACACA